UUGAAAGGUUAUCCCAGCCAGCAAGUUGGUUCGCCCGGUUAUACUACAAUGCUGAUCAUAACAGGUUCAAGAAAUUUUCCCCUAUGACUAUAACAGAGUUCCACUCAAGGGAGAGCCAGACGUGGAAGGCUCUGAUUAUAUCAAUGCCUCUUUCAUUGAUGGCUAUCCUGACAAGAAAAAGGCCUACAUAGCUUCACAAGGUCCUACAGAGCUGACAGUGGGAAGGUUCUGGGAGAUGAUAUGGGAGUACCAGGUCCCCACUAUCGUCAUGCUUACUCACUGUGUCGAGAGCGCCAGGGUAAAGUGUCAGCAGUACUGGCCAGGGCAAACAAACACCACUGAGGCCAUAGGAUCAAAGUUUGGCGUCACUGUUACUUCAUUCCUUCCUUAUGCAGAA